GAUCUUGGAUAUGAUGUUUGAAGUACUUUCAUAAUUACAAUGGUCGAGUCGUGUAGCUUGAUUACACGCCAGUAGAGGGCAUCAAAGAGCCUUAAAACUGGGCUGGCCUUAGGGGGGACCUAAACUGUCAAACGGGUAGACGGAUAGAGGUUUCCAAACGCGCAGCAAUCAUGUCAAAGUAUCGGAAUAUUGUGUGGUUUCUGAAAGCAAUGCAAGAAUACACAAGAGGAGGAUAUGAAACAGCUUCCAGAAACUUCCUGGCAAAAGACCUCAGUGUAAACCUGGAUGGACAGUCUUUCAUGAUCACAGGAGCCAACAGUGGAAUUGGGAAAGCGACUGCAAUGGCCAUAGCAAAGAAGGGUGGUACGGUGCACAUGGUGUGCAGGAACAAGGAGAGGGCCGAGUCUGCCAGAGAGGACAUUGUGAAGGAGGCUGGGAACAAUAACAUCCACGUCCACAUUUUGGACCUGUCAGAGACACGCAAGGUGUGGGAAUUCGCAGAGGACUUCAAGAGUAAACAUACAUCCCUGAACGUUCUGAUUAACAAUGCGGGGAGCAUGUUGAACAUACGAGAGGUGAAUUUUGAAGGUCUGGAGAAAAACUUUGCCAUCAACACCUUGGGAGUGUAUAUUCUGACCAAGGGUCUGAUACCUUUACUGGAAAAGAACACUGAACCCAGAGUGAUCACUGUGUCCUCUGGCGGGAUGCUGGUUCAGAAACUUCGCAUCACCGACCUGCAGACUGAAAAAAGAAUGUUUGACAGCACCAUGGUCUAUGCACAGAAUAAGAGACAGCAGGUGGUGAUGACAGAAGAAUGGGCUCGAACAUAUCCCAGGAUUCACUUCUCUGUCAUGCACCCGGGAUGGGCAGACACUCCAGCGGUCGUCAUGGCGAUGCCUCAGCUGUAUGAGAGUCUGCGGUGCCGGCUGCGGACCCCAGAGCAGGGUGCUGACACAGUCAUAUGGUUGGCCGUCUCCCCUGCGGCAGCUCGGACGCCCAGUGGCAAGUUUUUCCAGGAUAGGAGAAUGGUUCCUGUUCACCUGCCCCUUGCCUGGACUCGGUACUCCCGUGAGAAAGCCCGGGCUCUCAUGGUCCGUCUGGAGACACUCGCCAAGAGGAUCCAGCCCAGCGGGGGGCGCUCACAACUAAACAGCCCUGCAAUUGAGACCACAGGAAGUCUACAGGACUGCAUCAAAAAAGCUGCGUGAGACUCAAAUAGGCUAUUUCAUAGACAUAUAUAUGUCUAUGGGCUAUUUCACAUGCUUACGUGCCCAUAAGGAAACUACCAUAACACAGAUGCUGGCGCAGAGAAGCAAUGCCUGUGUCUCAAUUUGCCUACUUAAAUACUAUUAUUCAGUAAGGUUAACAAAGUUGAUCGCAGUGGGAAAGUGACAGGGGAAAAGUAGUUACUGAUGUCAAAUCUAGCAAGAACAUUCCACUGGUAUACAAUUUUAAAUGCAGCCAUGUACUAAAAACGUCAAUAAUAAAAUUAUUUACUAACCAG